GUUCAAAAUGAGAUAUAUUCAGUUCUAUUUUAAUGGGCUUUAUGGCCCAACAAGGUGUGAACAAGAGGUUGCUGAUAUUAAAAAAGAGUUAGAAGAGCUGUACAAGAAGCAUGAGUUGGAGCAGCGCCAGAAAAUAGGUGGCAGCAACAGCUUAUCAACCACACAAUCAGCCUCAUCAUCAAAGGAAACAACCAGCUCAGUGGCUUGUCUUGUUUCUAGUGAAUUUCAAUCCUUUCUAGAGUCAAGUGCUUCAGAAAGUUCAAAAUCUGAGUUACUUAUCUACCUAGAUGAAGCAAACCAUUCCUUAAAUGAUAAGAAUUUUAACUUACUUCAAUAUUGGAAGGUGAAUGCUCUUAGAUUUCCUGUUGUGUCUAGUAUGGCAAAGAAGUUCUUAGCUGUCCCAGCUAACAGUGUAUCAUCGGAGUCCACUUUCAGUUGCGGGGGUAGAAUUCUUGAUGACUAUAGGAGUUCUUUAAAUCCAGCAACUGUUCAAGCACUAGUUUGUGCAUCUAGUUGGAUACGAGGUUCUAAAAGUCCUCCUGUUAUUCUGGGAGAAGAUGGUGAUGAUGGUGACAUUGAGACUGUGGAGCUUCCGAGCAGUGUGGUGGAAAGCAACCAUUAAGGACUAGGGAUCUGUUGGCUGCGCGCCUGCGCCCCAUGGCUGCUUCUAUCUUACUUUUGGUGUUUAUAUAUUAUCUACAAAUUUGAUCAGUCUAGCACUCAAGCCG